UAUCUCAUCCAUCACACUGGCCAGCCAGUAGCCAGUAGCCACUGCGACCACUGAAGGAGAGGCACGGAUCACGGAUGUCAAGCAUGGCAUCCAGCAAGGGGCUUCUUGUGUUCGCUCUCCUGCUUGCUGCUGCUAUCCUCGUCGCCUCGACUGAUGAACACCCUGAGGCCAAGAAGGAAGAGAAUGAGGCCGGCGUGGAGAACUUCCACUUUGGCGGAGGCCACCACGGGCACGGAGGCGGCGGGGGAGGCUACGGCGGAGGCGGAGGCGGAGGAGGUUACGGCGGCGGCGGAGGGUACGGCGGCGGGGGCUACCCAGGCGGCGGAGGAGGCUAUGGCGGCGGUGGCGGCUACCCUGGCCACGGUGGGGAAGGCGGUGGAGGUUACGGCGGCGGCGGCUACCCAGGCGGCGGAGGAGGCUACGGCGGCGGUGGCGGCUACCCUGGCCACGGUGGGGAAGGCGGUGGAGGUUACGGCGGCGGCGGCUACCCAGGCGGCGGAGGAGGCUACGGUGGCGGUGGCGGCUACCCUGGCCAUGGCGGAAAAGGCGGCGGAGGCUACGGCGGCGGCGGAUGUCACUGGGGCUGCUGCGGGCACGGGCUCUUCCAUCACCAUGGCUGCCGCUGCUGUGCGCGCGCGGACGAGGUUCCGGAGCCCAUGUACCGGGCGGAGGUCCGCAACUGAGAGGAGCACACGCAACAAUGCAGCCAUGCAUACGUACGUACGUACGGUAGGCAGUACUGCCGCCCAGUGCUUAGCUACCCUGCGUCGAGCUCUACGUGCAUGCCGUUGCUCUGCGCGCCUACGUGCAUAAGAAUUAAAUUACUCGUAAAUAAACAUGGUCCCUGGUGAACGAAGGGAAGGUGCAUAUAUGCGCGUACGCAUACGUGCGCGUUGCACAGCGACCUUGGAGAACACAUGCAUCCCCUCCGUGUUCUUGAAUGUUUGUAUGUACUAUGUCCCGUAUUAAUACCGCCCACUUUAUCUGUUAUCGUGGAAUAAAAUCACAUUGGUGCACUUAA